CAUAAGCCAGAUUUGUGGCAACAACUGGCAGUCCGAACACUGAAGAACUUAAAGACAACGCGCCUCGUCAUGACAACAACAUCCAGUCCUCAGAGCGCAUCAGAAGACGAACGCAAGUGAGACAUCAUGACUCUCAAAAUGGUACUGAUGGCGGUGGCGAUAGUAACAAUGGUGAAAGUAGUCAUUAGCGAGGAACACGUGGGCCAAUAUGUUGGUCGUAAGGCCAAUUUUCUCAACGAGUACAACCUUCCUGUAGCAGCUCCAGUUGCCCCAGCUUCAUUUACCCCUGCUGUACGUAUCCGCAGGGACUCAAGCUAUGCACCUCCUCAUACUCACAAAGUACACCACAAAAAGGGUGUUGUUGGACCCGUAUAUACUUUUGUCAAAACCGAUUACAAUGGUAACUUUAAAUGGGGUGUUCGCCACCGUGCAGGAGUGAAAUAUGCGGGAGGAUAUCAUCAUUAGGUGAUGCUGUAAUACCCACAGCUUCAUAUUACUCGAUUAUUGUUUCACACAGACCAUUACUACUCAUCAUCACUAUCAUGACUUGCCAUUGAUGAACUUAAAAAUUUAACUAGCCUAUUGUAUCUUUCCCAUGUUUCUCCUGAAUUGCAAGGUGUAGUGCUAAUUAUCAGAAAUACCAAAGACAUUCUUGGAAAUUAAGGUGAUAUAUUCAAUCCCCUUUCUCAUAAAGUUUUUUUCCCAUAUAUAUGCGUGGUUGGAUCAAACCUUAGUCCAAAGAAGCAACUCUUUACUCAGUUGCAAAGUAGAUGUUAAGGAUUCUUACUCCUUACUCCUUGUGAUGUAUUGGUUUUACUUUCUACUUGGAAGUUAAAUAGAUAACCCAUUUGAUGAAUUUUUACCGAUCCUGAGAUCAAAAUAUCUGGCCACAGACAGUGUCAUCUAGUCAGUCUUUAAGCUGGUUGUGCCCCUAUAAAACCAUGAUUAGUUUGGACAGGUGCUUAAGCUUAUGGUGGUCUAGAAGAUAUUUCUGGAAUGAUCACAAAUAUCAUUACAAACAACUUAUAAGUGUAAAAACUCAUUUGUUUUAUUCCUGUAUUAUUGUAUGAAUUUGUAAAUGUAGUAAUUUACCCAGUUGCUAUAUUGCUACUUUCAUCAUAAUCAAUUUAUGUAUACUUCAUUAAACACAAUUUCAAUAAAAUGUGAUCAACAUA